UACUUAUUUGUGCUUCUUAACUGCAUAGCCUUCCAUAGUUCCCUUAACUCUCCUGUUCUCUAUUAGGGAAAUUCUGUCCAGUUGACUACAAUUCUUUGCACUACAAUUGAAAAGUUGGAUAUCGUAAUUGGACAAGGGGCAAGGAAUUUGUGCUCACCCCAAUCAAAGGUAGCCCAAUUAAGACGUACUCACGGAGGAGAAUGCUACCAUGUAUCGCGACUUUAUGUUAAUUGCAUUCGUGCAUCUCAAGUUUGCAAAAGUUGACGUUCUUUAUCGUAAGUUGAGUUAUAGUUCAAGCGUGUUGUUCAAUUCAAACUCAAGAAUAUCCAGUUAUAUUAGGGAAGGCGAUGUCUUCUCCGCACGUAAACUGUUUGACGAAUUACCCAACAGAAAUGUUGUGACUUGGAACUGCAUGAUUUCUGGGUAUACCAGGAACGGGAUGAUCCAAGAAGCUCGAGAGCUUUUUGAUUCUAUGCCAAGCAGGAAUGUUGUGUCUUGGACAGCCAUGCUAAGUGGGUACGCGAGGAACGGAAGGCUAGACGAAGCUAAACUUUUGUUUGAUUCAGUAGCUGACAAGAAUAUUAUUUGUUGGAAUUCGAUGAUUUCAGGGUAUGUGAGCAAUGGAAGAAUAGAAGAAGGUCGAGCACUGUUUGAUAAAAUGCCAAUUAAGCACACAACAUCCUGGAGAAUCAUGAUUGAUGGAUACUUUCAAUGUGGAAACUUGAGUGAAGCAGAGAGGCUGUUUAACAAAGUACCAAUGAAAACUGUGUCACUUUGUAACACGAUGUUAGCAGGUUAUGCUGAUAUGGGGAAUCUAGAAGGUUCUUUUAGGUUGUUUAUGAAGAUGGAAACCCAUGAUGUUGUUUCAUGGACUAGUAUGAUUUCUUGCUUGUUAAGAGCAGGGGAAUUGAAACAAGCUAGGACCUUUUUCAAUGACAUGCCUGAGAAGGAUAUAGUGGCACGGACAGCAAUGAUAAGGGGUUAUCUGGAUAAUAAUCAGAUUCAGGAAGCUCAUGAAUUAUUUACGGAAAUGCCAUAUCGGGACACAAUAGCCUGGAACUCAAUGAUCAACGGCUAUUCUCAAAACGGAAUGCUUCAAGAGGCCCUUGAUCUUUUCAACAAGAUGCCACGAAGGGAUAUUGUCUCAUGGAAUUUGAUCCUAUCUGCCCAUCUCCAACUAGGCGAUCCAAAUGCCGCCACAAGAUUUUUCACGGAGAUGCCUAAGAAAGAUGUAACCUCUUGGAACACAAUGAUAUCUGGAUUCCAAAACGAGGAGGCUCUGUUGUAUUAUGUCAAGAUGCUACAAGAUGGGAUUAAGCCCAACAAGGGAACCUUCCCAAGUGUAUUAUCAACAUGUGGACUUCUUGCUAUCCAUGGUUGUGGACAAGCAAUUCACGCCAGUGUUAUAAAAAAUGGUCUUGAAAAUGAUAUCAUGACACUAAGCUCAUUGAUCUCAAUGUACUCUAGGUGUGGUUUUUUAGACGUGGCAUCAUUUGUGUUCCAAAAUAUGAAAAAGCGGGACCCGGCUGCAUGGAAUGCCAUUAUUAUGGCCCAAGCACACCACGGUUCUGCCGUGGAAGCUCUCACUCUUUUUGACGUAAUGGUCCAAGAUGGGUUUGAACCGGACCACAUAACGUUCAUGGGACUCCUAGCUGCUUGUGCUCAUUCUGGGAUGGUUCAUAAAGGCUGGGAAUAUUUUUACUCAAUGCAAAAGAGAUGGAAUUUGGAGCCCAAACAAGAACAUUAUGUAUACAUGGUUGAUCUUCUUGGCAGAUCAGGUUCUUUAACAGAAGCGGUUGAGUUUGUUAAACAACUGCCUGCCGAUGUUGUCCCAAUGUAUGCUCGGGAAACCUUAUUAAGUAGUUGCAGAGUGUAUGAUGACUAUAAGUUGGGUGAUUUCGUGGUGAAGGAGUUUGGAACAGUUUCUCCUUCUCUGUCUCUUCUUUUAUCAAACACGUAUGCUGCAAGAGGGAUGUGGAAGAGUGUGUCCAAGGUCAGAACUGAAUUGAAACAACUUCGGUUCAGAAAGGAGUCUGGGUGCAGUUGGAUUGAAGUGAAUGGGUGUUUGUCUCAGUUUGUGUGUAAUGACAAAUCCCACCACCAAGCUGGGGACAUCUACAAGGAGUUAGAGAGACUUUCUGUCCUCAUUGUGAAUUUUGGUGCAUUGAGUUUGCCAUCUUACUGGUGAUAUGGUGACCUAAUACCUUCAACAGAAUACAUCAAAUAACCAGCAUCACAAGGUUAUUGACUUGGAAUCCGUUUGGUGCAGUGGUGGCGGCAGGUAAAGAGCUUCGCCGGGAAAUCUGACGGUUGAUGAGGUUCCUCCGAUCAGCACACCGCUUGAAGCAUGUGUAGAUAUACAUGACGAGCCAAAACACCCAUGGAGACCCAAUCAGCGAGAAGGCGACGUAGAGAAACCAUGGUUGAGAUUGCGCCGGAAAGAAAACGUAGAUGCCAAGAAACACCCCGCCAGCGGUUACCAAGAUGAAGAACAAGAAUGAGAUGAGUGGGACCCUUAUGUCGGUUUGCCGCUCCUCCAUUGUUAUUAUUCUGUUUUCUGAUGUAUCAGCUUCAGAUGUAUUUUGAGGGGGCGGUUAUGGCGAGAUUCGAAUUGAAUAUUCAAUUCACACCAAUAACCUUCAGAAAAAUCAUCUUUGAGAGGUGGAGCUUAAUAAAGAAUGGUAUUUUCUGAUGAUAAUGAUGAUGAUAUGGACUGAUCUGGUUUUAUUGUUAGAUUAGAAUUCUUAUUGAUUUUUAUGCCGGGAGAGAUCAACAAAAUGUAAAAACACAAAAGAGGAAA